CCGUCUGAUCACACAGGGCCAGGAGGGACACAGAGAUCGUAAAAAGGGAAAAAUGGCUCAAAUUCCCAAUUUACAGAACGGACCUAUCAAUUUCACUCCUUUAAGAGAUCAGUCUCAGAAGGAGCUCUUAACAAUUUUAAAGAAUAUUCGAGGGAAAAAGUGUUUGGUCAUCGAUCCCAAGCUGGGCGGUUCUCUGUCAUUGAUCGUUCAAACUUCGCUUCUCAAGGAACAUGGGGCUGAACUGCAUCAUCUUAAUGCGGAUCCAAUUGAGACUACCUGUUCAAAAGUGGUCUACCUUGUACAAACUCAGCUUCAUUUGAUGAAAUUUAUUUCUUCGCAUAUUCACAAUGACACCUCAAAAGGGCUUCAAAGAGAGUAUUUUGUCUAUUUUGUUCCUCGUCGUGCUGUUGCAUGUGAGAAACUUCUUGAGGAUGAGAAAGUUCAUAAUCUGCUAACUAUCGGGGAGUUUCCGUUGUAUGUUCUUCCACUCGAUGAGGAUGUUUUAUCGUUUGAACUCGAUUUAUCUUAUAAAGAAUGUCUUACUGAUGGUGAUACAACAUCUCUUUGGCAUAUUGCGAAAGCCAUCCACAAGCUUGAGUUCUCUUUCGGCCUAAUACCAAAUGUUAGGGCAAAAGGAAAAGCAUCUGUACGUGUUGCUGACAUGCUUAACCGUAUGCAAGCUGAAGAGCCUGUCAACUCAACUGAUAUGGGUGUCCCUGAGAUAAAUACCCUUAUCAUUUUGGACCGAGAGUUGGAUAUGGUUACUCCUAUGUGUUCUCAAUUGACAUAUGAAGGGCUUAUGGACGAGUUUUUACACAUCAAUAAUGGUGCUGUGGAGAUAGAUGCAUCAAUAAUGGGUGCUAACCAACAAGAUGGGAAAAAGAUGAAGGUUCCUCUUAAUUCAACUGACAAGCUGUUCAGGGAGACUCGGGAUCUUAACUUUGAAGUUGUUGUUCAGGUUCUACGUCAAAAAGCAACAUCCAUGAAGCAGGACUACACAGAGAUGACAACUACUAAUCAGACAGUCUCUGAAUUGAAGGACUUUGUCAAAAAGCUCAACUCAUUGCCAGAAAUGACUAGGCACAUCAAUCUUGCUCAGCACUUAUCCACGCUUACUUCAAAACCUUCGUUUCUCGGGCGACUUGACAUGGAACACACUAUUGUGGAGGCUGAGAGCUAUGAUAUAUGCUUCGAGUACAUUGAAGAGAUGAUUCAUAAGCAGGAGCCUUUUGUUAAUGUCCUACGACUUCUUAUUUUACUUUCAGUUACCAAUGCUGGGUUACCAAAGAGGAACUUUGACUAUCUAAGGAGAGAGAUUCUUCACAGCUAUGGUUUCGAGCACAUAGCUACUCUUAAUAAUUUAGAAAAAGCUGGGUUGGUCAAGAAACAGGAGGGAAAAAGCAACUGGUUGAUGAUCAAACGUGCUCUUCAGCUUGUAGUUGAGGAUACUGACACGACCAAUCCCAAAGACGUUUCGUAUGUUUUUUCUGGAUAUGCACCUCUCAGUAUACGCCUGAUUCAACAUGCAAUUCGAUCUGGAUGGCGUCCCCUCGAAGAAAUAUUGAAGCUUUUGCCUGGCACACAUACAGAGUCGAAGAGGAGUGCAUUUGCAAAGAGUCCAUCAUUUGAUAUACUACCAGGGGGUUUACGCAUGGACAAAGUUGAAGAUGGGAGGCGUGCUCUUGUUUUAGUUGUAUUCAUUGGAGGGGUAACGUUUGCAGAGAUUUCUGCACUCCGCUUCCUCAGCUCUCAGGAAGGGAUGGCAUACGAUAUUAUCAUAGGUACAACAAAGAUCAUCAACGGUAAUACCUUGAUCGAAACCUUCAUGGAGAAGUUGGGCUGAUAAGCCUUUUCGUGUUUUCUGGAUUGUGGUUUUGCAUUUGGCUUCUUGUUGUUUAUGUGAUGGUGGUUUGUUUGUGAUUCCCUCUUAUCCUGCUACAAGUUUGUAAAUUUAGUGCUACUUCAUUCCAUUAAUGUUUGAUCCAAAGCAUAUUUGGCCAUCGAUUUUUCUCCUUGUGUUGAACUUGGUUAAAGUUCCUCACGUUUUGAGUUC